AUGUUUAACUUCUCAAGCCUCGUGCAGAAGGCCCAGUCGGCUGCUCAGCAGCUGAUUGAUCCUAUGCAAGGCCUGAACCUGACAAACUCGGACAAGAACCCUGCCAAGUCAACACUCUACCAGAACCAGUUCCGACUACCCAGUUCCCAGACGCCUUUGUACGAGAUUCCCGCCGAACUCACCAUCCCGCCUUCCAAUGUGACUCAAGGAGAUAAGGAUCGCGAUAGGGGAUGGCACUACGCGGGAAAGCUGCAUCUAUCGGAGGCCUACGUUUGCUUUUCUACCACGCCCACCAGCUUUGUCAGCACAGCGAGCACUUCCACCUCUUCUGCUUUCACUGGUCAGACACACGGUGGUGGCCCAGGUGGCAAUGGAUUCACCUUCCCCCUCUGCGCUAUCAGGCGCGUUGAGCGCCUCAACAGUCAGAGCUUCCAGUUUGCUCUUGCCAUCACGACGUGGAACGGCAUAUCGCAAGAAGCCAGCAAGGAGAAAGAUGCACAGAAAGAUAAGAAGGAUCUUCGAGAACAAAGAAUAACUAUACAGCUCGCUGGUAGUCGUCAAGCAUGCGAGAGAUUCUGCGAUGGGCUCAAACGGGGCCUGAGGAGUGCUGUGGGCCACGUCCCUAAGCUGAAGAGGGUUAUCGGAGAAUGCUACUCGGAAUACCUCCUACGACCCGAGGACAAGAAGAAUGCAAGCCCUCCUGACGCAGGUCUUGGCAUGAUCUUUCGUUACCCUGGCGACCCUAAGAAGCUCAGAGACCGAGCCAAGAUGAGGUUAUGGGCUGAAUACCUUCGAGACAACGGUCGCAAUGCCACUUUGAUCCGCCAGCCAACCUUCCACAAGCUCAUUCGGGUCGGUCUCCCAAACCGCCUGCGGGGUGAAAUGUGGGAACUAACGUCGGGAUCAUUAUAUCUACGCCUCGAAAACCCUACGUUGUACACUGACACAUUGGCCAAGUUCUCAGGACAGGAGUCCUUGGCCAUCGAUGAGAUUGAAAAAGAUCUGAACCGAAGUUUGCCAGAGUAUCCUGGGUUUCAGACCGAGGACGGAAUUGGCCGUCUUCGUCGCGUCCUUACCGCUUACAGCUGGAUCAACCCCGAUGUUGGUUAUUGCCAGGCGAUGAACAUCGUAGUCGCCGCUCUACUCAUCUAUAUGUCAGAGACCCAGGCGUUCUUCUUGCUGUCCGCUCUUUGCGACAGACUUGUGCCAGGCUACUACUCGACGACCAUGUACGGAACGUUACUAGACCAGAAAGUCUUUGAGUCCCUUGUGGAAAAGACCAUGCCGAUACUCUGGGAGCAUCUUGUAAAGAGCGAUGUUCAGCUUUCUGUCGUCUCUCUCCCUUGGUUUCUCUCCCUGUAUAUCAACUCGAUGCCGCUCGUGUUUGCCUUCAGGGUUCUUGAUGUUUUCUUUGUCGAAGGCCCCAAGGUGCUUUUCCAGGUCGGACUAGCGAUAUUGCGGAUAAAUGGCGAGGAUUUACUCGAUGCCACCGACGAUGGGGCGUUCAUACAAGUUCUGAAGGGAUAUUUCUCGCGUUUAGACGAAUCAGCACACCCAAAGUCGGAGAACCCCAAGCUGCGAGCUAUCAACCGGUUUCAGGAGCUUAUGGUUGUCGCCUUCAAGGAGUUUUCGGGCAUCACCCACAGUAGCAUCCAGGACCUUCGUUUGAAAAACAAGGAUGCCGUCCUCAAUAACAUUGAGAACUUUGCCAAGCGAACAGCAAUAAGGAAUCUUGGUCCGGAUAGUAAGCUACUGAACCCGGAUGAGCUGGGAGCCCUCUACGACAGAUUCUACGGAAUUUUGUACGAAAGACAACAGCAGGACCGGAUCAUGCAAGAAGAUCAAUUGCGCCGGGCGAAAGCAAGCAAGACGACAGCUGCUGCUGCGUUUUCGGACCAUCAAGACCACGGCGUCGAGAAAGGCCGCGUGGGACUCGGCCCAAGCACCAGUUUGAUGGACUACGACGCCUUUCGCGAGUUUCUGGCCGCAAUGUCGAAAUGGGCCAUCUCGGAUUCGCCGUCCUCGCCAAGAAGAGACCAAUUCCCUGAUAAGGAUCAAGGUCAAUACUUUGGCAGCUUCAGAAAAUCCAGCAACAACCUACUUUCACCAUGGCGUGCGGGCCCUGAGCCUGCAGAUCACGAGUUCAUGCAGAGAAUGUUCAGGCGCUGGGAUGUAGACUCGAGUUCCACACUGACGCUGCAAGAUGUUGUGACGGGUUUGGCCCAAAUUAAAGGCAAGCGCGAUAUCAUGGGAACCAUCACCUAUUUCUUCGAACUUUACGACGACGAUGGCGACGGCAAAGUCGAUCGCGAAGGCAUCCUUCGCAUAUCUGAGGCUCUGUUGUUUCUAUCCCGCCGUGGGCUGGAAGGCUCUCUCAGCGUCUCAAACUCUAACCCGUCACUCAGCACGUUGGCCGAUGCGAACGGACCUGUGAGCCCGCCCAUUGGAGGCAGUAUGAACGAGAGGUUCCUUGGCAGCGUCAGUGCUUUUAUCCGGCGAUGUUUCGAGUAUGCCGAUCCCGAUCACCCCAUCAACCAAGCAGGGUCGAACCAAAGGUAUGAAGGGAACGCCAAGGAGAAUAGUGAUGGCAGUCAGACAGCUGACAACAGUGCGUUCGUCAUUGGCGAUGAUGAUGAAGAAGAAGAAGAAGAAGAGGAGGAGGAGGAGGAGGAGGAGGAAGAUCUACUUGAAUUCGAAGGCCCAAAAGAAAGUCUCAAGUCGACGAAGAAGAAGCCUGGUUUGCCUUCAAUUUCUCCAGCUAUCGGUAAAUCUGACACGGGAGAGUUGAGACGAGUUUCUAAAGCGCAGUCUGAGAAAGCCAAUGUCGCCCUGGAUCCCUCAAACCCUUUGCAUAUGACGCUACCAACUUUCCGCAUGGUGGUGCUGGCAGACGAAUUACUCGAGCAGUUCUUCGAAUCAUCUUUCCCCACUUCCAUACACAUUAUCGACGGCUUGCCGACUACCGCCCCUCCGUCUUCUCUCACCACCUUUUCUAGCUUUGGCCGCUCGACCAUUACUCCGGUGCCAAUCCCACCGCCGGGCGCGGCCGGUGCUACACGUGGACUGCGAGGCGUGCUCGACAACAUCGUUACAGAUGCUUCGCGAGUCGCAGCCGAGGUUCGCCGCCGCAUGGAAGAAGCGCAGCGUGAAUUGGAGAAGAACGCGUUGCCUGGACAAAGGGAUGAAGACGACGAAGAGGAGGAGGACAUACCAGGACCGAAAACGGCGGACGGCUACAGCGGUGAUCCCGAGCGACGCAGCGUGCGUUCGUCUGACCGAGAUCUGUUGGAUGGUGCAGAUGCCGAGGCGGGAGCAGGCAAGGGUCAAGACGGAGCGCGCCAAUCGAUACUUGGUAGCGACGAGACGACAACUGGAGGGUCGGGUACGGCUGCUUCAGCAACACAGAGGAUUGUGGAAUUCGAGGGUUAA